UCCCCCACUGGCUGCUCCGAAAAGCCAUCUUUGCAUUGUUCCCGGGUCGUGCUCCGCGCUCGCUGCAGCCACCUUCGCCGCCCACCGCCUCCUUCAGCGCGGACUCCGGCAGCUCUCUCGCCAGAGUCCUCGAACUCGACUUUAAUUCCCUCAUUCGCGGCAUCGGACCACCGGCGUGCCCCACCAUGUCAGACACAGCAGUGGACACCAGCUCCGAGAUCACCACCAAGGACUUGAAGGAGAAGAAGGAAGUUGUGGAGGAGGCAGAGAAUGGAAGAGAUGCACCUGCCAAUGGGAACGCUCAAAAUGAGGAAAAUGGGGAGCAGGAGGCUGACAAUGAGGUAGAUGAAGAAGAGGAAGAAGGUGGGGAGGAAGAGGNNGGAGGAGGGGAAAGGGGAGGAAACACCUGGGUCAAGGAAUGGGCGGUCUCUAAAGCCGGGGAGGAGCUGUGA